AAGGGCUGGACGCCCCACGAGCAGCAGCUCUUCUGGGUCGCGCUCACCACGUUCCCGCAGGGUCCCUGGACCGCCAUCGCCGAGUACAUCGGCACCAAGACGACGAGGCAGGCCAUGACCCACGCCCAGAAGCUGCGCCAGAAGCUCAAGCGGUGGAACACUCGCCUCCGCAGC